AUGGAGCAGAACGCACCAGCAGAGGCCGAGGUGCAGGUCACGCCAUUGCCCGAUCCUGUAAAGCCCGAGGAAUUUGUAAUCGACACGGAUGAAACUACUGCUGCUUCGGCCGCAGAGCCGACAGAGGGCGACAACGUCACUGCGAAAUCUGCGGAGGAGAUAAAGACGCAUUUUCCAGAUGUAUCAGACGAUAGUAAGUCGGUAGCUGAAACUACCGCGCAAAACGGCGCAGCGGAAGAGCAGGUUGACGCUGCUGAAGGCAGCACCAACGACGUUGAGUAUCCAUCUACGCCCGAGGAGGAACAAGUAGCUGAAGUAUCUGAGGCCAAUUUUGCCCCCGCUGCUGAGGUGAAUGCAACGGAAGGAUCGAGUGAUGUGGCCGAUGAGGCUGAAGAGACACAGGAAGAUCUACCAACUCCAGACGUUGAGGAGGAUACAGUUGAGGAUGCAUCUACACCAGAUGCCGUUAGUGACAAUGAAACUGCGGAAGAUAAUGUAGAUGAAGAGGAACAGGAUACUUUGGUGGAGGAAGCUGCAGUGACAGCCACGGCCACGAUUGAUGACACAGAGGAAAAGCUUGAAGCCUUGUUGACCAUUGUGACUCCAGCAAUUGUUGCGCUUGCGGAUGGAGACUCGACGCCCAUAGACUCCAAUAAACAGGACACAUCUGCGUUGUCGAUUGAUGCUGACGCGCCGACAGAUUCUAUGACUGAAGACCAAGCACAAGCUAAUGGAGUCGCGUUAAGCAGCUUGAUUGAUGACGGAACGGUGGCAGCGCCCGAAGGAGCUUUGCAGUAUCCCCAGGAGUUGGAAUUGGCUUCGCCCGCUGCGAUGCCUAAUUUACUUGUCGCUGCCGCAGACGCCGACACUGAGAAUAGUCGCGAUCCGGUAACACUGGAAGCUGACACGAAAGAAUCCGAACAAGAGCAGGCAGAAAACGGCGUAAAGAUUGAGGAAGGCGAACACGCGACUAUCACGGCUGUGCCGGAGGAGCCAGCUAAACCCACGCCCGUUGAUGCGAACUUGGAAGCAGUGCUGGAGAAGAUUCGAAACAAACUCACGUGCGAAUCCGUUGAAGUGUUGGAGUCUGGGGAGAUUCUGGCCCUGCCAAAGGGCUGGUCCACUCGGCAGAGCAAAACUAAUGAUGGCAAGACAUACUACGUAUCUCCUUACGGGCACACCCAGUGGCUGCGGCCUCCCAUGAAGACCGGUGUCAUUUACAAAUGGGUACAUGAGAUCGAGGUGACAUUUGGACCAGGUCGACUGGGGCUCAACCUGAAGCAAAUCGCUGGUAUCCCUGGCACAGUAUUUACCGAUCUUCAAGUCCACAUCGCCGAGAUCUACAAAUUACCGAAUGGAAUGGCAAGUCCUGCAGAGAUUUAUAACUGGAGUGUCAAGCCAGAAAAGCGUCUUGCAGUGAACAUGCGAGUGACGAUGAUGAAUGGCAUUUCUUUGACGGGAUACACGUACUCAGAGGUGCUGGAACUGCUCGCUAGAAUGGUGCGUCCUGUCCGUAUCAAGUUCGCUGAUAUCUCUAAAGGUAUCGUGGGUCGAGUUGAAGAGGAGACCCCACAUGAGGAGACUGAAGAAGUCAAAGAGGCUCGUGCAGCUCGAGUAAUGCAGAACUCGCUGCGUUCCGAGUACUUCCAGAUCUUGGUAUCGUUUGAACUUCAUAAACAGGUUUGGGCGGCAACGAAGCACAAUAUGCGUCUGAAGAUACUUGAAAUGGAGAAGAAGAGCGGAGUGCUGGAGUCUCAAGUGGAGGCUGAGCUGCAACACCAGGGAGAUCUAGAGAAGGAUCGUGAAAACCUGAUCCAAGAGGCUGCCUCACUCAAAGAAAUGAUCGAGCAGUUGGACAAGCAAACGGCUGGAGAAAUUGAGUCACCAGAAGUGCUACGGACUGCGGAACUGACGCAGCGAAGAGCAAAGUUGGAGAAGGAAGUGACUGAAAUCAUCGCCGAAAAUGGCGAACUGCAGGCGGCACGUGUGAAAAUUGAGGAUACGCUGGAUGAGUUGCAGCAGGAGCUGGACGUAUACGGAGAUCUCGACGUGGAUCCGACUGGCCAGCAAGAGAUCAAGUUCUUCUCUCCGGGAUUCUUGGGCUCCAUGGUUCAUAGAGGCUCGAUCGAUACUCGCGCCGAGGAUGCACGCGAGCGUCUUCUUGAGAAGGUUAAGGCGCAACACAAUCAUCUGGAAGAAGAGAUCAAGCUAGAGGAAGAGCGAUCGGCAUUCGUCGAAUCGGAGAUCAACCAGUUCAAGAAGCAAAUGGACGUGGCAGCAGAGGCGGUCAAGCGCGAAGAUGCGUUUAUCAGUGGCGAGCGUCCGCCUCAAAUGAUCUUUUUGGAGAACAAGAUUGCCUUACUGAAGAAGAAUCUGCGGGAGACUGUGGCUGGAAUAGCAAACGCAGGAAAGAGCGGUGACCAGCAACAGGCUGACAAUUUAUCUCUCCGACGAGCAGACUUGAAGGAUGACCUGAAGGCGGCGCUUGACGAAAUGCGACGAAUGGAGAACGAGCUGAACGUGUUCUUUGAUGUUGAUGAAGGUAAACAAGUGAAGCUUCUACGCUCGGAUUCGUCGAUUGAUACUGUAAAUAUUGACGAGGCUCCACACGAGCGCGCGUCUGAAUCGACCCGACUACAGCACAAGCUAACAAAGCUUCAAAUGCAGCUGCACGAUACCGUAGUUCAACUCGCGAAGACUGCAGGUGAGAAGGAUGAGACGCGUAAGAGUGAGUUGGGCAAGCGACGCUUGCAGCUGAAGGACGAAAUGAAGGUCGUCCAAGACCAAUUCCAGCUUUUGACCAACGGGACACUCAAUGUGGCGGUCAACAACAGGGAAUCGACGUAUCUGAGACCGUCUAUUGUUGGCCCACCGUCACUGCAGGAUGUUCCCCGUAGAUCUACCGGUGGCUCUCGGGCGUCGCUUGGUGGUAUUCGCGCUUCGAUAAGUGGCAGCAGAGCGUCAAUGGCUGCUGGUGGGGCUUCACAAACUCGAAGACCUUCGGAGAGCGUGCAAAGAGGCUCCGAGCGCAAUGACCCCAACGUCAGCCGCCGAAGCAGUAGCAGUGCCUCAAUGUCCCAGUCUAAUGACUCCAAUUCCAACCAGAUGCCUCGAGAUGGUACACUGCCGGUAAUGAACGGUAUUCUCCGAAAACACCCAACUCACUCCAACGAGAAGGGAACAUUCGGCAAAAUGUCGCUGCGUGGCGUUCGUGAGCGAUGGUGCAAUAUUGAGCCUGAUGGAUAUCUUCGAUACUACAAGCGGGAGGGUGAUCGUGAACCUCGUGGUGCGAUCCCUUUGAAGAACAAGUCUCUUGAGAUCUUGCAUGGCAAGGGAGUAGGCAAGCCGAACGAGUUUGUGAUCUGUUUACCCACACAACAGACGCGGAUGGUUGCGAAGACACGUGACGACAUGCUCAAGUGGGUAAUGAUGCUGGAACUCGCACACGCUUACUUUAUGCAGUAUGGCCGUGGAUCCAUCGAUGGAGGCAACGCACCAGGGAGUGUCUCCUCCGUUGGAAGCAAUGGAGACCAUCUCGCAAAUGCACUGUCGCCCGGGUCAGCAGACGCAGAGCUGGUGUACCGGAACCAGCGUGCUACGCUCGGCUUCUAG